AUGUUCAGUAAUCAUUUAGAUCACCAUAGUGAUUAUUAUACAUGUAACAAUGAUCCGAAUAAUAAUGAUCCAAAUAAGAAGAUCAUAAAUGAUAAUUAUGAAGUAAAUAUUUUUCAAAAUUAUACAAAACAGUAUUAUUAUUAUUAUUAUAAUAUACAACAAUGUAUACCAUCACCUUUAUUAUUAUUUACCUGGUCAAAAUUAAUGAGAACAGAAUUGUUUCGACAAACUUUGCAUAAUGUAAUUUUAUCAAAUUAUGAUGAUUACGUAAUUACUAGUUUACAAUCUACUAAUAAUCCGGUUGAUAAUAGUAAUAAUAAUAAUAGUAAUAGUAAUCAUACAAAUUCAGAUAUAAUCGAUCUAACUAAUAGAAAUACCUUAAUCAAAAAAUAUUUGAAUAAAUUAAAUAGCUUAUUAUUUGAAUAUUUAUCAUCUAACAAAGACUGGACAUCGUCAUCAUCAUCAUCGUCGUCAUCUUCGUCAUCAUCAUCAACAUCACCGUUAUCAUCAUCAACAAAUAUCACUGAACCAUAUCAUCGGUUUAAUGUAUAUAAUAAUUAUGAAUCAAGAAAUUUUUUAUAUGAAUGCUUGAAUCAAUCAAUAAAUUGCAAUAAUUUAUAUGAUAACACCUUGAUCAAGAAUAUAGAUCAUGAAAAUAAUCAUUUAUUUAAAUUAGAUGAUAAUCUACCUCUUGAAGAAGGAACAAUACAAUUCAAUGAAAACAAUAACAAUGAUAAUGAUAAUAAUAACAAUAGAGAUUUUCAUCUUGAUAGUAAGUAUCAUUUAGAUUCAUAUAUGACUUCAUUGAAUAUACCAGAAAUAUAUCAUUCUAAAUGUAACUCAUUAUGGUCAAAUAUAUGUAGAGAAAAUUAUCAUCCUGAAAUAUAUCAGAAUUGUUCAAUUUGGAAACAAACAUCAUCAUCAUCAUUAUCAGCAACAACCACAACAACAACAUCAUCAUCAUCACCACCACCACCACAACCAAUCAUUGAUUGUUCUUUAAAUACUAAACAUGCAAUUAUCAAUUCAUCAUUUAUAUCAUUGAAUAAAUCUAAUUUCAAUGAAAUUAUUGAUAAUACAAAAUUAUAUAAAUCACAAUUACAAUCUACUAUAAUUCCAUCAAAUUCAUAUUCACCACCAUUAAAUUUUAAUGAAUUUAUUUUAGAUCAAAAUAUGUUAUGUCCAUUAUGUCAUAAAUGUUUUCGAUUUGAAAAAAAUCUUUUAAGACAUUUACAAAAAACACAUGCAACUAGUACAGGUGAAUCAUUAUUAAAAUGUAAAUUAUGUAAUUAUACAACAAGACAUUAUAGUAAUAUGUAUGUACAUAUUAGAACACAUACAGGUGAUAAACCUUAUUCAUGUUCUGCUUGUGGUGUAACAUUCACUCAAGGAUCAUCAUUAAAAUUACAUAUUCGAUCACGUCAUAAUGAUAAUAUUAAAUAUUUUUCAUUAAUACGUAAACCGGGUAAAAAUAAUUUAACAAAAUUAUGGACAAGAAUAUUAAAAAAAGAUUUACCAAAAUUAAAUACAUUCAAAUCAUCAUCAUUAUCAUCAUCAUCUCCAUCUUCAUCUUCAUUAUCAUCCUCAUAUUAUUAUUAUUACUAUAAUUAUUGGAAUAAAUGGAAAAAUUCAUUAAAUAUUAAAUUAAAUAAUCAAAUAAAAACUCAAUAUAAAAAUCAAUUAAAUUAUAAUUCAAAUUUUAUUGAUUUAAUAUUCAAUAAUAACAAUAAUAAUUCAUUAUUAAUAAAUGAUAAAAAAAUAAAAAAAUUAAUUCAAUCAAAUAAUUGGAAAUCAAUAAAUUCGAAUUUCAAAAUGAAUAUAAAUAAAAAAUUUAAUCAUCAUAAAAAAUAUAUAAAUGAUAUUCAAUCAAUAAAUGAUGAUUUAAAAUUAAAUUAUGAAAUAAAUAAUUAUGAUCAUGAUCAUAAUCAUGAUUAUGAUCAAUAUGAUAUUGAUAAAAUUAAAUCAAAUGAACAAUUGAUAAAACAAGAAAAAAUAUAA